GGGGAGGUCGGGGAGGGGGCGAUAAAAUGGCGCAGGGGGCACAGUGAGGCGCAGUCGUUCGCCAGGCUUUGGCCCGACUUCCAGAGAUGAGUGUUCUCAUCUAUAUUGAGGUUCAGAGACUUCAAGUAAAUUGCUGUGGUCCAGUGCCCUCUAUACAAGAUAUUUCAGAAGGUGGGAGUCAAUCAUUUUGACAAGUCUCCUGAAAGAACAGCUAGCAGGAGCUGAAAUCUUUUUCCACUUGGUCUCGUGGCAAAGGCAGAGAUUGCUCCAGCAGCUUCACACAAUAUGAUGUGCUCACUAGUGCCCUCUGGACAGUCUUCUGGUACCUCUCUCAUACCUAAAGACAAUGCCCCGUUUUCCUGGGGUUCCUUGGAUGAGGAUGAAUUGGAUGACUCUUUGCUGGAGCUGUCUGAUGGAGAAGAAGAUGAUGGCCAUUACAGUUACACAGAGGAAGAGAUUGAGGAGCUCUUAAAGAUUGAUGAGCCAUCAGAUGACCAUUCUUCUUGGGAAGGAGAGUUGCGUAAAGAUGACAGCGGGCAUGUUGAAAAGGAAGAAACAGAGAGUCAAAUUCUACUUGAUACUCCCCAAGAGAAAAAUUCAUUAUGCAGCUUAGGACCAGUAGCAGAGACCCCUGGCUUCUUUAAACUACCUCAACUAAGUACAUCAGUUGGUCAUGGACCAGCUCCCACUAAACCAUUAAACAGAUGCUCUGCACUAGAAAAGAAUUUUAUAAAAGCAACUGUUGCACCAUUUAAUCCAACAGUCUGUGAUGUUGUGCUUGAUAAGGACAAAACUGAUUCAUCCAAAGAUACUGAAAAAUCCUCCUUCCUUGGGGAAGAGUUGAGAGAAGAUGGUCUUAUCCUGAAUGAGAGCAAACUUUGCACUGAAUCUGAAGGGAUCAGCCCCAAUAACUCUGCUUGGAAUAGGCUACCAUACUCUUCUCCUUCAAACAAUAAAUUUCAGCAAACUGUCUCUGAUAAAGAUAUGCCUGACAGCCAGAAAUCUACACCUACGUUUUCUCAGAUCUCAGACCAUUCAGAAACUCCUAAUAUGGGGUCAUCCUGGAGAAAUGGUGGAUCACAUAAAUCAAAUUGUGAAAUGAAGUUUCCCGUUGUUUCUAGUUCAUCAAACAAACAGGAUGUUCUUGACAAGGAUUCUGGGAAGAUGAAAGGCCAUGAGAGAAGACUAGGCAAAGUCUUUCCUGUUCCACAGACCAAAACCAGGACUGAUGUUCAGACGUUUUCACAAUCAAAUCUAGAACAGCAGAAGCAAAUUUAUCUCAGGAGUGUCAUUGCUCAUAUAGAAGACCCAGUGGACUCUAACAAAGGUCCCUGGCAGGAGCUGUAUGCCUUGAUGGAAGUUCAUCAUAUGCAGAACUCAAAAUGGCAGCAUCCUUCGGACCUCACUAUGAGAAACUAUGCCCGCCGACAGAAAACUCUGCAAAGAUACAGUCUCACUCAGUGGGUUGACAGGAACAUGCGAAGUCACCAUCGAUUCCAGCGUCGCCAGGAUUUCUCCUAGAAUCCAUUUAUCUCAUCCCAUCAGCAAUGAAGGUCCCUAUCCAGGGUCCUGUUCAGAACAGCAUCUCCUUUUCCUCCGCUGUUUUGUGCUUCGUAGAAUUUAAAUUUCAUUUUUUAUAAGAUUUUUAUUUAAAGAAAUUGUCACCUUUUGGAAAUGCCCAUUGCUGACUUGAAUUUUUUUUGUAUGAGCUCUCUCCUGAUUUUAUGUGUCUGUCUGUGUUUAAGCAGUGUUAAGUUGAUACAAUUUUUUUGUUUUUAUUUAAAUUGAAGGUGGCUACUUCCUGAAAGCCAGCAUUAAGCCAAAACACCCAGGCUCAAGCAUAAUACCCACCUCUGCAGAGGUGAAAUCUACUUGUGGUGCCCAAAAGAAGUCAUCUUUUAAUCUCCUGUAAGGAGGAGAUUCUUUACCAGGCUAUAAGCCAGUGUUAAUUAUUACUGAUGACUUGUGAAUGGAUAUAGGUCACUUUUAACAGCCCCUCUUUUAUUUGAAUCUCUGAAUAUCCUUUAGUAUUUUAAAGUUGGCAAUCCAGGAAAUUUGGAGUAGGAGAAAAAUCCUGUUGAAAGGACAAAUUAAAAGUGUAAGUCCUCUCCUCUCCUUUCUGUACCUACUAGCUGCCAUUAUUUAUUUUUUAUUUUUGGCUUUUUUUCAUUCCUCAUUAAACUUAUUUUGCACAGUA